UCUGCGUCCUUCCUUGCUCUCAGUUCUCAAACAGGUCCGAAGGUAGCAUAUAUAAUUGUUCCUGGCACGGGUUUGUUCUUUGUUCUAUUUUGAACGUGCUCUCUUGUCAUGUCUGGUCGUGGCAAAGGCGGGAAGGGCCUGGGCAAGGGCGGCGCCAAGCGGCACCGCAAGGUCCUGCGCGACAACAUCCAGGGCAUCACCAAGCCCGCCAUCCGGCGCCUGGCCCGCCGCGGCGGCGUCAAGCGCAUCUCGGGCCUCAUCUACGAGGAGACCCGCGGCGUGCUGAAGGUCUUCCUGGAGAACGUGAUCCGCGACGCCGUCACGUACACGGAGCACGCCAAGCGCAAGACGGUCACGGCCAUGGACGUGGUGUACGCGCUCAAGCGCCAGGGCCGCACGCUCUACGGCUUCGGCGGCUGAGGACCCCGCGCCCUCCCCCACCACCAACA